GGUGAACUUUGCUUUGGUUAGUUGAUCCGUGUUUAUGUCACAUUAUUUGACCCCGGAGCUUGUGUCCGGUGUGCAGAGCCUGGUGAUGGGCAGUGUGCUGAUCAAAUGUGCCCUGACAGACGUGGGUCUGCAGUGGGCAGGAUGGGCCAUCGCAGCAGCGUGCAAGACCGAGAAGUUUUACGACUUGGCAGGGUCAGGUACAUUUAUACUACUCGCUCACCUGAGUCGCGUUUGGGGAGGAGCCAGGCACGUCCGGCAGAAUGUGCAGACUGGGCUAGUGACUGCAUGGGGGCUGAGACUGGGAACUUUUCUUUUCCUGCGAAUCUUGAAGGAAGGACGUGAUCGCAGAUUCAACAAUGUCAGAGAUAGCCCAGGGACCUUCUUUAUAUACUGGACUGUGCAAGCGGUGUGGGUGUUCACGACGCUGCUGCCCACUAUGAUGCUGAACACUGAAAAGAGGGACAAGCCUCUCGGGUGGAGGGACUACAUCGGCUGGAGCCUCUGGGGCCUGGGCUUCGCCGUGCAGGCCAUCGCCGACCAGCAGAAGUGGAGAUUCAAAAGUGACCCUGAUAACGCUGGCAAGUUCAUUCAGUCUGGGCUCUGGGCUUACAGCAGACACCCCAACUAUUUUGGAGAGAUCCUGCAGUGGUCUGGCCUCUGGCUCUCUGCUUCGUCGGUGAUGGAGGGGAAGCAGUAUUUAAGUGUUAUUUCACCCAUGUUUGUGUGGUUCCUGUUAAACUAUGUGAGUGGAGUGCCCAUCCUGGAGAAACAAGCAGCAAAGAAGUGGGGGUCUGACCCGGCCUACCAGAACUACGUCAAGAAUACUCCCGUCCUUUGGCCCAAGAUUUUUUAGAUUUAACAGUGAUGCUGGUUAUGUGUUAAGAUUAAUACGGACCAAUAAAGGUUUACAUUUUUUU